AGUAUUAGAAGUCUCUAAUGAUCUGUGAUGUUCCUUAUGGGAAUGUGACGCGAUAGAUUAUGCAAAUUUAUCUCCUAGGACACACCUAUAUUUCUCCGUCCGAAAAUAAAAUUGUAACACAUUGACGAAAACGUCAGGAGUGAGAUUUGGGACCUACCUCUUGUGCUGAGUGCGAAGAUAAACAUAUUAGUUUUCAUUCAUUAUAUAUGAGAUGUCUUUUCAGUAGCGUAUUCUAUUGAAAUUCCAAAUUAAUUUGGUGUUAUAUUUAUUGAAAAAAAACCCAAGAAGGAUUAAGAUGAAUGCCGGUAAACUGUUGAUAUAUUUAAUUUUUAUUAUGCUAAUUGUGUGGUAUACAGCAAUUUGGUCACUAGUUUUUAAAGUGAGGGCAGAUACCGCACUUUCUGAUUUCACCGUAAAGACUAUUACAAAUAGCGGCGAAUGUCUUCGAAAGACAAAGGUUGACGACAGACUUCUGGUUCGCUACGUCAUAAAAAUUCACGGAACCGACAACGUCAUUGAGUCAAGAACCAAUGAGGAUUCUCCGUUUGUCGUUCACCUCGGUCAAUUCGUUGAUAUCCCGACGCUGGAACGAGGCUUGUAUGACAUGUGUGAAGAAGAGUCAAGGUCAAUGGUCGUCCCCCCGUUGCUAGGUUACGGGACUAAGGAUAGCCAAACUAAAAACGGUAACUUGGUGCCCGGAAAUUCUACACUACAAUACGAAGUCACACUAGUAAAAAUAUUUUCGAAAGAAACUAACCCAACACAAAAUACAGCAGAAAAUUUCAAACGCAAUGAGGGAAUUGAAGAAAAGGAGGAAAAAGCCGCGUCGAGCGAAGACGACAAAACAAGAGAGGAAGGAUCGAACCCCAAAGAAGGAACAGAGCCCAACAAGGCGGACGCUUCAAAGGAGAAAGACAGAUUAAUUCUUACAAAUAUGAUGGGAGAUGCCAUGAAAGCGGUGAUCACAAGCAAAGAAGGCAAAGGAAUAGCUGGCAUGGCCAAAAAGAUGAUAGGGGGAAUCUUUGGUGGAGGAGGGGGCGGUAGCAAAGGCAGUGGUAUAGCAGGGUUAGUGAAUCAGCUAGCGGGAGCCAUGGGCAGCGGAGGAUCAGGGGGUGGAGGCGAAGGUAUGGCAGGGUUGAUGGGCAAGCUAGCGGGUGCAAUGGGCGGAGGAGGUGGAAUGGAUGGAAUGAUGGAGCAGCUCGCAGCGGCUAUGGGAAACCAAGGGGAGGGUGGGAUGGACGGACUUUUGGGCAAACUCGGUGAAAUGAUGGGGCAGGGAGAUGGGAACAAGGAUGGCCUAGCGGCCAUUAUGAGUCAACUUGGUGGGGAGGGAGGGGGCUUAAUGGGCAUGAUGGGACAGUUGGGAGGUUCAAAUGGAGGAAAAAUGGCUGAAGCAUUAGCAAAAAUGAUGAAAAACCAAAAGGAGAAAAUGAAAAGAAGAAAAACCGAGUUAUGAGGAAGAUGAAAGACUUUAUAGAAAUUUAAUAUUUGAACGAAUUUCUUCAGCAUAUAAACCAAUUUUUUAUUGAUAAUUCAUCCAUGCAUAUCAUUUUUGGUGUGAAAUAUCCUUUGUCACAAUAGAGUAACAAAAUAAUGAAUUAUGUACGAUACGGUUUUGAAAGAAACGAAUGUGUUAAUCAAUUUGAACAAAUUCUUAAUAUUGACUCGGAUUGCAUUUUAGAGAUAUUCUUGUUAAUGUUAUAGAUUUGUAUAUGUACGUUUUCUUAAAAGGAAUUUAAAAGUCAUGGUAUUUCUCUCAUUACAAAUUACGUGGAUAUGAUAUAACUACAAAAAUAGUUACAAUCUGGAUAUCAUAGCAUGUACAUGUAUGAUUACAAACACGAUAAAUACCAUGUUGUCGUGGUUAAACAUUAACUUAUCACGAAGUCUUAAUACCGAGCAAUCUAAUUUCCGAAUACUGUAGAGGGAACAUACAGGUUCAUUAUUUUGCGACAUUUCUCUUCUCUAUUUUGUGAGAUGUUGUUAUUAAACUUGCCGAUAUAAUCUUUCUUCUCUAGAAUUAAUGCAGUUUUCUGUCGAAUUUAUUGUUUACCUUCCUCACUACACGCCCAAUAGCAUUAACUGUCUAUGAUCUAAUAUUUCAUCUCAUAUGUACGUAUAUUUAUAUAUAUAUAUAUAUAUAUAUCCAAAAUGAAUUUAAUUCCUUUUGUGUAUGCAUAUCU